AUGGUUGAAGGUAGUUGUGGGAUCCCCAAGAGACCCCCGCGUCCCCGGGUCGAGGGCGAGAUGGAGGUGGUGUGCCGUGUCUCGCCCUCCGCAGACGAAACGUGUCCUCUUAUGCGGCGGCUCCCGGCGAGGACGGAGGCUCACUUCCGUCGUAGAAGUGCCAGAAGAGAAUGCGGAGCUGGGCCAGGCAUGAAGACUCCGACUUCGCUCAUCCUUUUGGUGAGUGUCGCUCGAAUACAAACCACCUCGUUGGAUACUAGAGGACCCCGUAACCGCUUGACCAGGGUGCCUCCCACAACGAAGAUACCAGCACAUUCUAGUACGGUCACUGUCAGGAUGCUGUUUGCAUAUCUCGGGACAGGUGGUAAGGAUACCUGCCAGGGAGACUCAGGCGGGCCUCUCUGUGCGGUGCAGAGUAACAGGUAUUACCUAGUUGGCGUGGCAUCCCACGGAGAUGGCUGUGCUAAACCCAAAGGCCGAGGUGUGUACACCAUGAUUUGGGUAUGCGUUGCUGCUUGCAGACAACUUCAUGGGCCUCCCAAGAGAAGACUUGGAACUCUUCCAAAGAAGCCAGUUGAGAGCGAGCCAAAAUCAGCUCGUAUUGCAAAUGAUGACACUCAAAAGGUGAUAGAUUCCGGUUUCAUUCGACAGUCUUUGACUGAUUUCUGGACAGAUGGUUCGACAUUUACUUCAGCAACGAACAAUCCCACAGAUGAUCUGGCCACAACUAAACCUCCAGCAAUCACACUUGCCACAAGCAAACCCACGACGAAGCCCCCAACCACAGGGGGAUGCCAGUGUGGUGUAACCAAUCCAACCCGCAUAGUAGGGGGGAAUGAAGUUCAACCUGCUAACAAAUACCCAUGGCAUAUAGGAAUUAAGAAGAAAGGAGAAACCUCCUACUGGUGUGGGGGCGCCAUCAUCAACGACCGCUACAUCCUGACCGCCGCCCAUUGCCUAUUUGACUCCAACGGAAACCAGGAGCCUGUUGAAAGCCUCGUGGUGGGCAUUGGCGAUCACCUCAUGAGCUCCACUUCCGACGAUGUGGCUGCAACUGAGCUGAUCAGUGUGGGGAAGGUCAUUCUGCACUCCCAGUACAAUAAACAGACUUUAGAUAAUGAUUUAGCACUUUUAAAGUUGUCCAAAGUUCUAAUUUUCUCCAAAGAGGUUGGACCUGUCUGUAUUCCUGGGGAUGAUACCCAGACCUUUGCAGGUGAAGAUGGCAUUGCCUCUGGCUGGGGCAGACUAGUUUCCGGUGGAAACCAGCCCAGUGAGUUGAGGGAAGUGACCCUGCCAAUCCUGGACCCUAACUGCUGGGGCAAGUCAGUGACUGUCAGGAUGCUGUGUGCAGGACUCGAGGCAGGUGGUAAGGAUACCUGCCAGGGAGACUCAGGCGGGCCUCUCUGUGUGGUGCAGAGUAACAGGUAUUACAUAGUUGGCGUGACAUCCCACGGCGAUGGCUGUGCUAAACCCAAAAGCCCCGGUGUGUACACCAGGGUUUCCAAGUUCCUCGAUUGGAUCCGGAAUAACACCAAUGACGCCACCUCCUGCAUAGCGCCCUGCAAUUUGGAAGGUGACAAUUUUCAUCGCUAUAAAAGUGGCCAGCGCCCGACAGACCUCACUUCGCCUGCCUCUCCGCCGGCCACCAUGACGCCCUUCGCUGCCUCGCUCGUCGCACUGUCGUUGCUGAGCAUCGCCGCUUGCAGGCAGCAUGAACCCAAGGGGCGAACCCAGAUGCUUUCCGGCGUCAACAGGCCCCCCAAAAUUGCAUUUGAAUACAUGACGGGCAGCUCAUCGUCGGCACAAAUGGUAGGAUCACACGAGGAUUCGUGGACAGGCAGUUACGCCUCGUUGGCGACGGAACCCUCUACAGUAAACUCUCCUGCGACGGAAGCUCCUACAGCGAAGCCCUCCACGACCAGAUCUCCUGUGGUCAACCCGACAACCAAUCCACCAAUGACUGGGGCAUGCCAGUGUGGGGUUGCCAACCCAACACGUAUUGUAGGAGGGGAAGAAGUCCAACCCGCCCACAAGUACCCAUGGCAAAUAGGUCUCAAGUAUAAGGGAGGCGUAGGGUACUGGUGUGGAGGCGCCGUCAUCAACGACCGCUACAUCCUGACCGCCGCCCACUGCCUAUUUGACUCCAACGGAAACCAAGAGUCUGCUAAAGGCCUCGUGGUGGGCGUUGGCGAUCACCUCAUGAGCUCCACUUCCGACGAUGUGGCUGCAACUGAGCUGAUCAGUGUGGAGAAGGUCAUUCUGCACUCCCAGUACAAUAAACAGACAUUUGAUAAUGAUAUAGCUCUUUUGAAGUUGUCCAAAGUCCUGACCUUCUCCACGGAGGUGCGACCUGUCUGUCUUCCUGAGGACGACAGCAAAACCUAUGCAGGUGCAAAUGGCAUUGCCUCCGGCUGGGGAACGCUGUCCUCGGGGGGAAGUCAGCCCAAUCAGCUGAUGGAAGUGACCGUGCCCAUCCUGGACCCAAGCUGCUGGGGCCAGUCGGUGACCGAAAGGAUGCUGUGCGCAGGAUACUCGGAGGGCGGCAAGGACACCUGCCAGGGAGACUCCGGAGGACCUCUGUGUGUGGUGGAGGGCAACAGGUAUUAUCAAGUCGGCGUGACGUCCCACGGCUUCGGUUGUGCUAAUGCCAACAGCCCCGGAGUGUACUCUAGAGUGAGCAAGUUCCUUUCCUGGAUCAUGGCGAACACCGCCGACGCCGCCUACUGUUGAGGCCAUACUAAGUGCGUCACUGUCUUUCAGCUGCAGAUCCUCUAAAGCUCCCGGGAACUCUAACAAUCCAGAAACACUUCCAUCCAUUUAAUAAGCCAGUAAAAACAUGGACAAGUGAAUUAAAAAAAGAGAUAAGCAAUCAAAAGUCAAACUUUACUAUUUUAAGCCCAAAACAUAUGAUACCUAAGUGGAUGGAAUUCUAAUUUAUGCAAGGAGUUAAGAUAAAAGAAAUAUAUAUAUACAUAUAUAUUGUUAUGUAAUGAUGUAAUUAAUUGAAGAUUGUUGAAUAAAUAAAUAACUGUCAUGUAAUAUAAUCAGGAAAAUAUAGUUAUGAAAUAAAAAUCGCUUCACA